ACAAUUGCAUUUCAAGUCCCGACUUUUGACCACUUUAGGUUCAUUUUUCGCUUUCUUUUCUUGCGGUAGACCACUUCAUGAGGAAUGUGAAGAACAGAACGCGCCAAUAACAUGCGCGGGAUUUCUAUUUUGGCAGCCCUGGUGGUAUUUGCCACCCAUGCAUACGGUGGACCUUUGAACAGACUGUUUUGCCCUCCAUUAUGCAACCCACACCCGGAGAAGCCCUUGAGAAGUUGCGUACACAGUUGUGGAUUUCUAAGAUACGGCAAAUACUAUGAUGGCAGCCGUUGUUGGUACCUUGGUCGAUCCGGAAAGUUCCUCGGGGUCAAAGGCUACUGCAAGCAAGGGUUGUGCCUCAGAGUGUUAACUACAGGUUACGAAGGCUCUGAUGCACAGACGUACUGCGGCGUUGACCAAACUAAAGUUGUCUUGCACAAAGCGACAGAGGGAAAAGGUCUCCACGUGAAGGGUGCUCCACACAUCGAGCGGACAACAACCGAAAAUUUCAGUGCAAUUGCUACUACUCUCUCUCCGCAAUCGAAUGUGAAGCCAACGGACCUUAAUGGACUACCACAUACAUCUCCCGCGCAUCCUGGCCACUCGAAAGUUUCCAACUAUGUUCCGACGGUGCCGUUAAGUAGCAAUGACACAUCGACGCCUAUCCGCGAUGUUACACAUCCGAACACAGUGACGAACGGUGAAGAAUCAAAGAUUUCCAAUAAAAUAACAAACACCUCGUCACACAGCGAAGCGGUCACCGCGCAAAGUAAGUCUCCAGAAAGCAGUCGAGUGAAGAUCAGCACCGGAACGACAACACAACCUGCAAGAGAUGACAGCACGUACUCAACGAAAACCUCGACAAGCCACACUCAAGGUGUGGAGACAAACACUAUUGUGCCUUUACCUCCACAUUCAAUGUUGCAUAGCAGUCAGCCAACCUACGGUGGAAAUUUUCCGGGCCAAAAUGAAGUGAAUUCGACACGUUUUGUAACAACGAGUGCUUCCACGUUGGUGUCAAGCAUGCUAGGAAUGUCACAGGGCAAUAAUCACAUAGAUGUGAAAAUAACAAGCGGCAAUCGUACAACCAUGCCAACCGAGAACAAGGGCCAAUUUGGUGACAGCUCACGGCAGCCGACAUUUCUCGACAACGAGUCAAUAGAAACCCAUGUGCCAAAGACUCAGGCUGUAUUUCACCCCGAUGUGCCAGCAUAUGUUACUAUUACAGGUGACAGUGGACUUUCAUCGCCGAAAGUGCCCACGACGGGAGGUGCACCUACUUCAAACAAUGAAACGACAGCUGCUAGUACAAAUACGUUACAUUUAGGGCAAGCAGAAAACACUAACGGAGGAGUCUCCACAGAUUCGGUGAGGAAACAAUCAUCCCACGGAAACGUCCUCAGCCAUUUCUCAGCGGCACAAGUUGGAUCGAUUAUUCAGGCACUGCGUAGUGCUGGAGAAAAAUGGUUUCAUAGAACCAAAGCCCCCGUGCCUGAGAGCAAGGCGCCUCCUGAAGCCAAUACUACAAAAUACCCUGAAAAUCAUGGUACACCAAGUGAAAUUCCAAUGUCCGUGGAGGUAACAAAUGCUCCUCUCUCUGUUGCUGCAAAUGAGACGCAUCCUCCAACCGGAAAUGACAGUACGCCGGCUAAAAUCACAGAAGGUCAUUAUGUUGUGCGUAACGAAAGCUUGAGUGCCGCUGACGUAUCCGUCGGAAAAUGUGCAAUACUCGUAGCGUUGCUCACGGUUUUAGUCAGUUACUAGCUGAGUUUGUCAAAUUUUCUGUAACUUACCGUCAAUAACAGAUGUUUCAGAUUAAUUCGGGAGCAGCUUAAGUGGUAAAUGUAAUGCGAAGUCAUCCGUAUGCGUGUCCAAAUGCGCAAUUUGUAUAGCAAAGAGCAGUACGCAAACUAAAUAACUGGCAGUACUCAUGUCAGCAUCACUCUGUCGCUCAGGACGUACAAAAAACCAGAAAUUCCUUUAGUCUUGGAAGUUGUCACCACUACUUUUCAAUAAUACAGCCGGUUUCUACAGCAGCAAAAUAAAAACGACUUUCGAAUCAUAA